ACUCCCAGGGACUGUCUAACAGGAGUGGGGAAUGGCCUCAUCAGCCUGUCCCUAAGCCAUCCAUGGAUGCGUGUGUGUGCAGUGAGAGAGCACCGGGGUUGAACAACACCAACCCUCUUCUGAAUGCGAAGCAGGGGGAGCUGCCGCGGAUCAUCAGAUCUGAGCUCAGCUCCACCAAGCAGACGAGCCUCCUUCAAACGCAGCAGCCGGGCCUCGGCUCGGGAGGCCAUCGGGAAGGGGAAGGAGAGCUCACUGCUGCCAGGGGCAGGGAAGGUCGCCAGAGCUGCAGCCCGGCCCUCGGCUCCCCGAUCCCAGCGGCGAGGCGGAGGCAGCCUUGUGACCAGCGGCGCUCGCCCUUGAGCACAGCAGUGAGAUCACCGCCGAGAUGAAGGCGAGGGCAGCGGGAGCCGGCGCCGCGGAGCGCGCCUCUCUGCCGGCGGCCGCUGCCCGAGCCCGAGCCCGCGCCUGAGCCCGAGCCCGAGCCCGAGCCCGGCGGGAGCCGCAGCCCCGCAUUACAUCACCGGCCGCCGGCGCGACGAGCGGCUGCUCCCGGGGGCGGCGGCGAUGCCGCGCGGGCAGCGGAGCACCUAGGAGCGGCGGCGGCGCCGGGAUGCGCUGACGCGGGGGCUCCGCGGGGAGGGGGAGGGAGGAGAAACCCCCUCCAUCCGCUCCCCCCUGCGCGGCGCCGCCGGCAUCCCGGGGGCAGCAUGGGAGGCGGCCCGGGGCUCCGGCGCUGCGGCUGAGCCGGGCAGGGCAGCUCGAAGAUGUUAUGGCCGAGCCGGCGAAGCAGGGCGGCGGCAGCCUAGGGGCGGGCGGGCGGCAGCAGCAGCAGGAUGAGGAGGUGGACGGGGGGGAGGAGGAGGCGGCGGCCGGCCCCGGCCCCGGCCCCGGCUCCGGCCCCGGCGCGCCGCCGCCGCCCAGCUACGAGGACUACGAGUGCAAGAUCUGCUACAACUACUUCGACCUGGAGCGGCGCGCGCCCAAGCUGCUGGAGUGCCUGCACACCUUCUGCCAGGAGUGCCUGAGCCAGCUGCACCUGCGGGCCGCGCAGCACCCGCCCCCCGGCGCCGAGCACGGCGCGCCAUGGCGGGCGGGCGGCGGCGGCUCCAUCUGCUGCCCGGUGUGCCGCCACCGCACGGCGCUGCCCGACUACCGUGUGCACGGCCUGCCCGUCAACACCAAGCUGGCCGAGGCCUUCCCGCUGCAGCUGCGCGCCCGCGACCCGCUGCCCCAAGACAGCCUGCCCCCGGCCCCGGCCCAGCCGCGCCGGCCCGGCCCGCACCAGGCGCCGCAGCGGGGGGCGCCGCGGCCCGGGGCCGAGGGGGCGGCGGCGGCGGCGGCGGCGGCGGGGGGGGGGGAGGAGGCGGCCCCGCAGCAGCAGCCGCCCCGCGCCGCCGUGCGCUCCGGCCCGCGCUCCUCGGGCUACGAGACCUGCCAGAGCUGCAAGCGGGCGGCGCUGAGCGCGGGCUGCGUCUGCGUGGUCUUCUCUUUCCUCUCCAUGGUGGUGCUGCUCUUCACCGGCCUCAUCUUCGUCAACCAGUACGGCGGCGACCCCGCGCCCGGCGCGCUCGCCGCGCCCUCGCCCUCGCCCGUCGGGCCCAUCUGCCUCUCGGUCGCCAGCAUCCUCGCCCUCUUCUCCGUCGUCGUCACCUGGCUCAUCUGCUGGCUCAAGUACCGGCCCGAGGCGGCGGCGGCGGCGGGCAAUGGCACGCCCCGCAGCCGGGCGGCGGCGGCCAGGAGGAGCAACACGUAGCGCCCGGCGCGGGGGCGGCCGCUGGGCCCACGCGUGUCCCUGCCGCCCGCCACGCGGGGAAGCGGCGCGGGCCGGGACUCGCGGCCCCCCAGCACCGGGCGGGCCUGGCGCCGCGCCCGAGUCGGGAGGGUGCGAACAGGACCCCCAGGGCAUGGAUGCUGAUGCUGCUGCCCAUGCCCACCCCCCUCUCCCUUGCCUGAAUUUGGAGGGUGCUAAGAGCAGCGAAGAAGCAGCCGAUGUACCUUAAAGCACUUGUGCUGCUACCUGAUGCACGCAGGCCUUGAGCCCGGUUGACGGGGGGGGGGGGACUGGAUUGGGAGUGAAAGGUUUCCUCUCCCCCACCCCUUCCAUUCCAACUGUCCCCUUCUCCUGCCCUGCGCCCCUUUUGUCAGCCCGAGGGUGGGAGGGCUGGGAGGAGAUGGGAUUGCUGUGGUGCUGCUCAGUCAGGAAGGGCAUCCCUCUCUCUGGGUGAGGCAGGGUCCAGUUCAAUGGCAGCAGGCCCAUUGCUCUGAGAGCCAGUGCUGUCUAGCAGAUGGAUCUAGGCCGGGAACCAGGAACCAGGAAUUCUCAUGCUGGGCUUGUCAGCGGCUCGGCCUUGAGAAUUUCAGAUUCCUGCUCUGUAAAACAGAAAUAAUUCUUCUUCUCUUUCUGUCUGACAGGGGAUCAUUCGUUAAGUCAUGUUUGUAAAGCACUUCAGCAAUGUCAAGUGCUAUAUGCAAGUGCUAGAUAUUUUCACUACCUUGGAAAAGGGAAUGAUAGAGGGAUUUGAUUCCUCAUCUCCCAUAAUAGACAAGGAAAGAGUGUGAGAUGGGUGUGACACACUGGUUAGAUGAUGAUGAGAAAGAUUUUACCUCCUCAUUCUCCCUAUCAGUUGGCUAUUGGAGGGUAAGAUUUAUUUAUCUGACAAUUAUGAUAAACUGACGUUUUAGGUAAUCUGGGAAAGUGGAAAUGUGGGGAAUGGAAGUGUCCUACAAUGUUUCCCCAUUUUUUCUUCCGAGUGUACCCUUGUUUCUGUGCUCACCCGUGGAGAAGGGAUGAACUCAUUCCUUGAAGCAAACUGGCUUACUGUUGCCCCCACCUGGAAGAUAAUUGGAGAGAUGCACUGUUGUUACAGGCAGACUAAGAUCUCAGAAUUAACUGCAUUUUGUACUCUUUUCCCUUUUUUAAAUUAAAUGAACACAUAUGAGAGCUGCAUUAAACAACCUCUUGUCUUAAAGGGACUGAACCAAAGUAUUCACACAAUUUAUUGAGUUCUUUGCUAUUCCACCUUUAUUUGAAGGCCACUUCCUUGAAAAAGCUGGCUUUAUCCAAGCCCUCCAAUGGUUGCUUAAAAUAGGUUGUACUGUUCCUUGUUUAGAGAUCAUCCUUGAGUAUGGAAAACUGGAAAGUAUUCUGCAGACUUAAUUUAUUGAAGACAGUUUAAUUAAUAAAUUGAGUUCUAAAACUCAGGUAAGAGAUGAAGUGGCAGAGAAUAAUGAAUCGUUGGCCAUUGCUUUGAACUUUUAUACAAUGAAAAGAAUACAUGUUAAAAUAUUUCAUUUCAAUUCAACAAUACAUGUGGAAUUAGUAGCUUCAGUUGCCUAUUAAUGAUUUGUCUUCAGUUAAGAUGGUUACAACUAGGAAGUGUUUCCCCUUAAAUGUUUCACUUCUGUAUUAUGAGUUUCUGUAAAAAACUUUGUAUUUGUCAGAUUGGAACUUUAAUAAUACAUUUCAUAUGUGGUGAGAUACUCAUAAUAAGAAAUGAAAAAAAAAUGUAAUGUACUAAGGAGCGCACUACUAUAUAACUACUAUUAUAUGUUGCAGGAUAAGUUGUUUGGUGCCUGAAUUUCAUUUUAUUUAAAAAUAAAUAAAUAAAUAAAAGAACCUAGUUAGGUGUUGCAAUCUGUUAUAUAUGGAAUGAGAGGGUGCUUCUUAUUCCAUGUUUCUACACAGUACUGUAUUGGAAUGAGGUUAUUAUUUUUGUGCUUUAACAAUUUGAGAUUUUGAAGAUAGUCGUAUAGUAUUCCCUAUGUAUUUAUGCAAGCUGUCUGCAUGAUAUCCUGACAGGUAUUCUAUUAAUAGACCUUUACUGACCACUUUAUCACAAAUGAAAAGGAAUAUAUUAAGUGUUUAGGAGUGGGAAGACAGCAACUGAAGAUGUAAGUGUGAUGUGUUCUAUGACUGCAGUGUCUUGAUUAUCACAAACCUGUAAAAAGUAGUAUUUGUACAAAAAUCCAUUAUAAUGAAAGUAGUUGAUGGAAACAGUACAUGAUCAUUGUGUCAGUUGUGUUAACACAAUCUACACCAGCCUUUUAAGACAAUAAUACAAAUAUUCUAGGAAGAUAAAUUACUGGUUUUGCCUCUGACAUUAACUUCUUAUGUGACACUGGCCAUGUUUUACAUUCAUAAAGUUAGGUUCUUAAAUGAAAGUGUACCCCCUAAAUUCAGGCCUAGUACCAACAGCUCCUAUUGACUUCUGUAAUAGUUGUGAAUACUCUGCACAGAGGCAAAUCACUAUUUAUGCUAAAUGAGAAUUGAAAAUGUUGGCCUUAACCUUGCUGUCCUUCAGUUAAUUCAUCUGUGAAGUUGGAUAACAAUGCUUGUCUACCUCACAGGUGGCUUGUGAGACUUUUAUUUAUUAUACUUUUUAAAGCAAUUUGAGAUCCUCAAAUAGAGGGUGUUAUAUUAAAGGAAAGUAUUAUUAUAAAUAACAAGAAAAAGAAAUAUAUGUAAAUUAAUGGACAUAAACAGCAGUAAUGUUUAGUUGGAAAAAUAAGGAUCAACGUUUAGAAAUGUAUACAUGGAUAAAUCCUAUCCACCAAUUUACCGAUUAAUUGUGUAUGCUUCUAGUGCAAUUAUAUCAUUAUUAUCAGUAUGGCUAUUUUUUUAAAUUAAGCAACAGUAGCAUGCCGUUAUGGAGUACAUACGGAGUCACUAUGGCUUAUGUACACAUGCCUGACCAGGUUUUAAACAGUACCUCAGGUACUACUCCUGCUAUUGUAGCUGUAGUAACACACAGUUCAAUGUGUGGUAACUGCCUUAGGGUUUACUAAGCUUUUUGGGUGUGUUUUCAGUCUUCAGUGAGCUAUUUGCUACCCUAGUAGGGUGACUGUAUUUCCUGAGUCUCAAAACAGGACACUCUGCUCCACCACUACCCACCCCCAACAAUUCUCCAGCGUGUUCAGCUGUCUCCAAGCUUUGAUCUCAGCUUUGUGUGCUGGGGAAGGGUGGUAAAGAGUGCCUGGGAAUGGGAGAUAGGGGUAUGAACCUUGUUGGAGAGCAUUGCUUUUUCCUGUUGAAACCUCCCAUUCAGAAAUGGAGAUUUCUGAAAACACAGCAAAAAGCAUUCAUCUGACCAAACUGAUGAGACACCCAUGACAGCUUCCAGCGAAACAGGAUGUAUGAUCACCCCACACUUUGGCUGCACUGCUUGCAGUACCUAAGCUAGAUAUUGUAACCUAGCUUAGGCAUGUCCACACAAGCUGUAGUGAUUGUAGUGUAGACAUACCUUUAAACACUUCCUGUUUUCUUCCAGUUGGAAACACGUUUUAUCUUAUAUUUUCCUCUCAUUCCAUUAAAUUAUCCAUUUGCUUAUUUCCCCUCUAAUAUCAUUUUCUCUCUGCCUUAAACUGUAUUUCCCUUUUUGUUUAAGGAGAGUUUUCAGAAAAUGCGCACAAUUAGCUGGUCAUAUUAUGUAUCAAUUUCCAAUUCUGAUAUUUGAAUAUACUUAAAAGCUCAAUUUAAAUGGUUAUGAACACACAUAAAAUAUGCCAAAUUCUCCUCUACAUCUAUGCAAAUUUAAGUAACUCCACUGAAUUCAACUGUAGUAGUCUGGCUUUGCAACACAGUACCUAAAAAGAAAAUCAGUUAUGUAAAUCUCUAAAUAGUGUACAAUCCCAGCACUAUGUUUGUAUAUCGGGUUCUUUGAAUGUACUGACUGCUUGUCCAAAAUCAAGCCUUCAUGAUAUUUCAAUAAAAAGUCAAGUAAAAGAAUUACUAAAGAAAGUUCAUGUGAUUGAACACUGAGGUAUAUUUUGUACUGUAACCAUUUCACGACCUUUUUGUAUGUUUCAGUGUUUUUGAAAAUUAAAGGGUACUGAGGAGUUGGAGUGGAACUAUCCCAGGAACCAAUAUCUUCUUUUCCCGGGGCUUGCAAAAAUAACUUUGCUUUGGGAAUCUUCCUGGGAGAAGGAAGGCUGGAAGUACAAGCUGGGUUGCAUUAUCUUUUCUGAGGCAAACCUUCACUGCAGAGAUUCCCCUAUUUAAAAACUGGGGUUUCAACCAUGGCCAUAGAUCAAGUGGAAAUACCAGGGUCUGUAGCAGAGGCAAAGAGUUUUCUUAUGAGUGACCCUGACCUUCAACAAGUUCCCUGGACUACAGGGAUUCUGAAAUAGCUGCAGAGCAUCUGGUCCAACCUACAGGUUUAUCUUCUGUGUAGGGAUAAUCUUUGCUUUCACCCUUACAUGCAAGGAACUCUGUCAUGAUAUCUUUAGUUUUCAUCUAGCUGAGCUCCCUUCCACCAACUGUACCAUAAGAGAGGGGGAACCAAGCUCUGGAUUUCAAAAGAUCAGGGAUCAUUUUUAGCUCAGUUAUUUUGAUAAGAAAUUGGAAUAGAACAAUGGUUUAUACAGCGAAGUUAUUCUGGAACAAAACCAGUAUAUGUGAGAAUGGAGUAUGGGCCCACUGAUGUCGAGAUUAAUAAUAAUCUUUCUUUUUGGCCAGUGCUGUGAAAUCUUUUCUCUUGAGAUGGUAAAAUGUAAAAAAUGUUGAUUUUGCUGUGUUCGUAACCAAGGUGGAUACCACAAUCCUUAUAGAAAACUAUGGAAGUCAAUGGAUGUUCCAAGGUAUAACUUUGUGUAUGCUGUUUCCUUAGGCAUGUGGGAUUGUGUUAUGUAAGAUUCUUUUGGCCUGGAUAAACAUUAAUACCCUGUCACAUCA